AACUUUGGUGUGACUCUUAUGUGCGAUUCUUGGACUGGUCCUACAGGAAUGAGCAUCAUAAACUUCAUGGUGUAUUGUAAUGCACGAAUGUUCUUCCUCAAUACCAUUGAUGCAUCCGGACAAACUCAGAAUUCAGGUAUGUACAUAUGUUAUUACAAUAUUGUUCUUGAAUACUUGGAUCUGUCCUAUAGUUGUUUUAUGUUCUCAAUGCCUUGUUCUCAUUAGGUAUAUAUGCAUUUUACGUAAUUUUGCAGACUUUAUCUAUAGAGAGAUUGAAAAGGUUGUCGAAGAGAUAGGGCAUGAGCAUAUAGUUCAAAUAGUAACCGAUAAUGGAUCCAAUUAUAAGAAAGCUUGCAAAACCCUUAUAGAAGAACCAAAAUACUCUCAUAUUGUUUGGCAACCAUGUGCGGCCCAUACCGUCAAUCUUAUGCUAAAAGAUAUAGCAAAAUUUCCUGAGGUUGAUGUGAUAGUCAAGAGUGCCAAGACAAUCUGUAGGUUCAUGCAUAAGCACAAUAACCUCCAUGAUAACAUGAAGAAGAACAUAGGUGGUGAACUAAUUAGACCAAAUGCCACCCGUUUUGGGACUGUCUUCAUGUUCCUUGAGAGUUACCAUUCAAAGAAAGAUAAAUUUAGGGAGUGGAUGGUUUCAAAGGAUUGGAAGGAGUGUCAGUGGAGGUAUGAGCCUGGGUAUGUGUUUGCUGAAGAGUGUUUGUCUAGUAAUGUUUGGUGGAACGCACUAGAGUGGGUAUUGAGUUCAUUGAGGCCACUUUAUACGGCCAUGAGGUAUGCUGAUACACAAAAACAAUGCACACUUUCUGGCUUCAAAAAAAGCAUGAUGCUUGCUAUACAAAGGAUGGAAGCCCAUCUUGGCCCUACAUCAAGGUUGUACCUUUCGUUCAUGCGCAAGGUGGGCAAGAGGAUAGAUGCAAUGGAAGAAGAUACAUUUAUGGUUGCAGCUGCUGUCCUUGACCCAUAUACACAUUACAAGCUGAACCUUUGCAACCACACAGAUUAUGCCACUUCACUAACAGAUGCGAUAGCGAAGAUAUUAGACCCAGUGAGUGCUCUUUCAGCCAUUGAUGAAGUGAGCAAGUUCAGGGAGUGCCAAGGGAGGUUUGGGACCAGAUUGGCAGAAGAAGCUGCGGCGAGAAUGGGGCCAA